AUUUCAUCUAAUCAUCAUCACAAUAUACAACUUAGAGCUAAUUAACUAAGUAAUUAAUCCCUUCAAAUUUUAAUUAGAGAGUUUUUUGAAUUUUUUGUGGAAAAAUGGUGAAGUUGGCAUUUGGUAGCUUUGGUGACUCUUUUAGUCUUGCUUCAAUCAGGUGUUAUGUAGCUGAAUUUAUUGCCACCCUGCUCUUUGUUUUUGCUGGAGUAGGAUCUGCAAUCGCAUUCAGCAAGGUGACAGAAGGAGGAGCAUUAGACCCAGCAGGGUUAGUAGCAGUGGCAGUGGCUCAUGCAUUUGCCCUAUUUGUUGGUGUUGCCAUGGCAGCCAAUGUUUCAGGUGGACAUUUGAAUCCAGCUGUCACCUUUGGAUUGGCUAUUGGUGGACACAUCACCAUUCUUACUGGCUUCUUCUACUGGAUUGCCCAAGUCCUUGGCUCUGUUGUUGCUUGCCUUCUCCUCCAAUUCACCACCAAUGGCAUGAGCAUUCCAGCCCACGGAGUAGCCUCAGGAAUGAACGCAAUUGAAGGCAUUGUGAUGGAAAUUGUGAUCACCUUUGCACUUGUUUACACCGUCUACGCCACAGCUGCUGACCCAAAGAAGGGCCAAAUCGGAAUCAUUGCCCCAAUUGCAAUUGGAUUCAUUGUUGGGGCCAACAUCCUUGCUGCAGGCCCAUUCAGUGGUGGAUCAAUGAACCCAGCCCGAUCAUUCGGCCCAGCUAUUGUUAGUGGUGACCUUUCUCAAAGCUGGAUCUAUUGGGUCGGCCCACUUAUUGGAGGUGGGCUUGCUGGGCUUGUAUAUGGUGACAUCUUUAUUGAGUCAUAUACCCCUGUUCCAGCCUCUGACAGUUAUGCUUAAGUUGUUAUUAUCCUUUUCUUUUGUUUUCUCUUUUUAGAGGAAAAUGCCUAAAUAUUUGGUGCAAAAUCUGGCCUUUAUUGUAAUGCACUUGUCUUUUAUUGUGUGAAAUUUGCUAGUAAAAGCAAUGUAUAUGAUAAAAGUUUCUUGUUAAAUCGGUUGUUUUAUCCGCUCUUGUUUCCUUCUUUUGUGAAAUUAUUGAACAUUCUCCUCUAUUUUAAGCUGGAACAAUUAGAUCAA